AUGCAAAUUCGAGUACAGACCCUUCCCCGCCUCGGUGAUGUCACCACAGUGAAGGCAAAGACGCACCCCAUCAGCGCUGUCCUCGAAGUUCCGAAUCAUUUUGCGCACGCAGACUGGCAAGUUUGUCUGUGGCAUAGCACAGAUGGAAAUGAGUGGGAGGGCCUAGACCUCGCCCCUGCCACCGAGGAGGAGGAAGCAGUCGACCUAGAGCUGUCGGCAUCACUCUCACGGCUGCAUUUCAGAGCCGAACUGCCCUUUAAUAAAUCGAUUCAAUUUACUAUAAAGUUCCGUCAUACAUUGGAUCAGCCUUGGAUAUGGACCAAUCAAGAAUACGGAAUUGAGGACGGUUAUGUUGUAUCAGAAGAUACAGCAGCCGCGUCUCAGAAACUAGAGGAUUUGAUUCCCAAUCUAUCCUCAGAAUGGUCGAUUUCAACCCUCCGAAGCCAAGCCCCGGAAACAAGUCUAUGGUCCUUGACAACCAAAAUUGCUCCAUGCUCGGCGGACAAGUCGAGUUUCAAGGAUGUUGAGAUUGGUACACCGUUUACCCACUUUCGAAAGUGGUUUGCAUUGGUCCGAUCGGGUGUUCCAUGGAUAGCCCCCAGGAAAGGGCUCUCGAGAUUUGCACUCGAUAAAGAAGCAAUACUAUGCUCUUUCGCUGACGGAAAAGGCCGCCAUUUGGUCUUUCUCGCUGUAUCGGGAGUCGACGACAUAUUGGCCUUGUUCCGCAGUACAGAUUCCAACUCCAUUACUCUUCAUGCCCGCAAUGAUGCUCCAGUCGAGCGCGACCUCAUGGUCCUCGUCUCGACGGGGUACAAACUUGACAAAGCCAUAGCCUCCGUUAUAUAUCACGCGAGAAGUCUGAUCUGGAAGUAUUCCCAAACAGAGGGCUCAACUUCUCUAUCGGACAAACCUAGUGACUUCGAGCCAAAGUGGCGAGAAAAUUGGUAUGAUGGCUUGGGAUAUUGUACUUGGAAUUCCCUUGGCCAAAACUUGACAGAAGACAAGAUCCUUGAAGCCUUGGAAGACUUGGAGAAGGGCGGCAUUAGCAUCUCGAAUCUCAUCAUCGACGACAACUGGCAGUCUAUCGACGGGACAGGCCAAGGUGCCGCGCAGCCUGGCUGGCUCGAGUUCGAGGCAAAUCCAACAGGAUUUCCUGGUGGUCUCAAAGGCGCAGUCUCCCAAAUUCGACGCAACCACCGAAACAUUGAGCAUAUAUUUGUCUGGCAUGCUCUGCUGGGCUACUGGGGCGGCAUCUCCCCCCGCGGCGCCAUUGCGCAGAGGUACAAAACCAUCCGCGUCCGCCGCGAGGACAACAACACAGACAUGACCGUAGUGGCCCAGGACGACGUAAGCAAAUUCUACGACGACUUUUACUCGUUUCUUAUACAAUCGGGCGUGGACGGCGUCAAGACGGACGCGCAGUGCGCGCUGGAUGCCAUUGCCGGCGCCGCCGCCCGCAAGGCGCUCAUCGCCGCGUACCUGGACAAGUGGUCGAUUGCCUCGCUCCGCCACUUUGGCAGCAACGCCAUUGUUUGCAUGGCGCAGUUCCCGCAGGCCCUCUUCCACGCGUUCAUGCCCCGGAUCCGGUCGCCCGUGGUCGCGCGCAAUUCGGAUGACUACUUUCCAGACGAGGGGCCCGCGUCACACCGCUGGCACGUGUGGGCCAAUGCGCACAACAGCAUCUUUGCGCAGUACCUCAACGUGGUGCCCGACUGGGACAUGUUCCAGACGAGCCAUGCCUUUGCCGACUUUCACGCCGCGGCGCGGUGCCUGAGCGGCGGGCCCAUCUACAUCACUGACAAGCCCGGGCAGCACAACCUGGAGCUUCUGAGGCAGGUUGCCUCAAGUACGACGCUGGGCAAGACGAUAAUUCUGAGGCCGAGUGUUGUUGGAAUUGCGCUGGAUCCGUACUUGGACUUCAACUCUGGGGCUUUGCUCAAAAUUGGCAGUUACCAUGGAUCCCAAAGCGGAGGGAUCUCGCUGAUGGGAGUCUUUCAGACGUCAGAGGUGCGAAACUCGUGCUUGACGCUGCUGUCCGAGUUCCGCGGCAUCUCCGAGCUCGAUUCCUACGUCGUGCGGGCCUACACGACGGGCCGUCUCUCAAAACCCCUGCGCUUUACAAACGGACAAAGCCCGGCGCUGCUGACGACGCCUAGCGUAAAAGGCUACGAGAUUUACACCGCAUACGAGUUGACGACUUUUCCAAGUCGACACUUUGGUGUAAUGGGAGUCGCGAACCUAGGUCUCAUUGACAAGAUGACGGGCUGUGCUGCGAUUGAGGCGAGUCGUAUCCUGAUGGAUUCCAAAAUCUCAGUCACAUCGAAGCUCAGGGCACUAGGGGUCUUUGGCGUUUAUAUAUCUAGCUUGUCAAGCAUGACGAUUGACGACAACUUCAUGGUGAGCAUCUUUGGCCACCCUGUGCCGAGGCACACGGUCAGUAUCUCGUCGUCUGCCGACUCUGUCCUAGAGGUCGAUGUGCAGACUGCAUGGAAAGAGCUGGGACUGGAUAGUGGUUGGAGCAACGAGCUAGAAGUCACUGUCAAUAUUCUUGAUAUUUAG